AGGCAUUUUGGCACCGCUAAUUACCGCUUCCUGAGUGUGAUCGCGCCAUGGCGGCAGUUGCAGUGCCAGAGAUGGAGGAUCUCCGAGCACCUCAGAUGAUGUGCUUCCAGUGCGAGCAGACCAACGCGGGCAAGGGCUGCACGACCACGGGGGUGUGCAAGAAGUCUCCGCAGACCAGCGGCCUGCAGGACCUGACGAUUCUGCAUGCGUUGCGCCUGUGCCAGCUGGCCCACGCAGAGGGUGGCGCAGAGCCGGCGGUGCGGGACUUGGUCUUGGAGCCGCUGUUUGCCACCUUGACGAACGUGAACUUCGACGACGCCCGCUUCGAGCGAUACCUCAAGGAUUUGGCAGCCCAGAUUUCCACGCUGGAGGAUCGGCUGAAGACCAGCGGCCAAGAGGUGCCGGUGGCGCCCAAGGCUCUGCCAGCCAAGCUGCCGGAGACCAAGCAGGAGCUCCUGGCGGCGGCUGAGCCGGCGGGCCUGCUGGCGCGAUCCGGGGAGGUGGCAAAUGAGGACCUCUUCGGAGUCAUCGAGAUGUGCGCCUAUGGUCUCAAGGGCACAUGCGCCUACUUCUACCACGCCGAGCACCUGCUGGCGGGGGACGCCGCCUACGGCGAGGCCGAGCGGACCGAGGUCUACAAGGAGAUCUUCCGUUUGGGCAACUACUUGGCGGAGGUCAACGGCUCCGCAGCCAAGGAGAAUGCUUUGGGGGUGGCGCUUGGGGAGUGUCUGGCGGUGGGGGCCUUGAACCUGAAAGUCAUGAAGAUGUUGGACAGCGCGCACACCACCCUUUUGGGCACGCCCACGCCCGUGGAGGUGUCGCAGGAGCAGCCUGAGGGCCCCGCCAUCUUGGUGAGCGGCCACGAUCUGGCGGUGCUCUAUCGGCUGCUGCAGCAGGCGGAGAAGCAGAAGAUCAACGUGUAUACCCACGGGGAGAUGCUGCCGGCGCACUCCUACCCCAACCUGAAGAAGUUUGAGAACCUGAAGGGCCACUUCGGCACACACUGGGGCAACCAGCAGAAGGAGUUCCGGCACUUCCCGGGGGUCAUUUUGAUGACCUCCAACUGCAUGAUGCCUCCUGUGGGCAAGUACCGGGAUCGCAUCUGGACCAGCGGCCCCGUGGGCUUCGACAAGAUCCCUCAGGUGGAGGACGACUUCUCGGCGUUGAUUCAGCAGGCGCUGGAGUUCAAGGACCCGGUGCCGGUGCCGCGGUCGGGCGUGAUCCCGCACCGCAAGCUGCAGGUGGGCUUCGGCCACGCGGCAGUGCUGGGCGUGGCGGACAAGGUGGUGGAGGCCAUCCAGUCCGGGGCCCUGAAGCACGUCUUCGUCAUCGGGGGCUGCGAUGGCACGGAGAACUCCCGGAGCUACUUCACGGACCUGGCGGCGGACACGCCCCAGGAUUCCAUCAUCCUCACUUUGGGCUGUGGCAAGUUCCGGCUGAACGGCCACGACCACGGCACCCUCGCAGGUCUGCCCCGGCUGCUUGACGUUGGCCAGUGCAACGACGCCUACGGCGCGGUGGUUAUCGCCACCAAGCUGGCGGAGGCGCUGAAGUGCACCGUGCAUGACCUGCCCCUGCACUUUGCGGUGUCCUGGUUUGAGCAGAAGGCCGUGGCGGUGCUCCUCACUUUGCUGCACCUAAACUUGAAGAACAUCCGCCUGGGCCCGGCCUUGCCGGGCUUCAUCACCCCCAACGUCCUGAAGGUCCUGAACGAGAAGUUCGGCCUGAAGCCGGCGCGGCUGCACGAGGAGGAUGUGGACCUUGCGGAGAUGCUGAAAGGAGAGUAGAUGACAGAUGUGGUCGUCUGAAUGGGGGACUAGAUGUGGCCGAGCCGCAGAGAGCGGGCUUCUUUUGUUGUUUUUUCCGCAAGUCUCCCGAGCUUGAUAUCUCCGACGCCCAGCCACCAGAGCCAGGGGCGUUUCGUGCUAAACAAGCUCCAUCUGGAGAGUGCUCGAAGAGCCUUUUCGGAUGCAGGGGGGGGCGUUUAAACAAGCUCCACCGGCAGGGCGCUCAGAGAGCCCCGUGGUGGUAGACGAUGAGCCCAAAUUCAUGGAAGACUAGCAUCUUAUAGGGGCAUAGACGUUGUGGAAGUUCCUGAUUUGGAGC